AUUGGAUAUUACUGGAAUCGAUCAGAAAGAUGCGCAAAAAUACAUCAUAUCUAACAGGAAAGUAUCCAAAUUUGUCGAUCGUUUCCCGCUCGGAAGAAUAUGAAAUUGAGCGGAAGUCAUCGAAAAAAUCCUGAAACUUUCCCGUUCGAAAUACUGCUUCCGGUUUUCAUCGAUUUCUGGUGUUGUUCUUCCUGAAAGGAAAAAGCUUCGUAGAUAACUCGGUUCGAUCUAACUCGAAAUGAAUGAAUAAGUUAGGAAUUUCUAGAACCGAAAAUCUUAAGAGUUUAUAAGUCCAUGUUGCCAUUUGAAUGAGAUAUAAAAAUUUUUAUUGAAAUUUCUUUAGAGUACUAUACAGUUUUUUCAUCACAUAAAUAAGAUAUAUGAUGGAAAUAUAUUGCAUGAUGUAUAACGAUGGCAAUAGUUGCUACCGCUAUUAAUACCAUUCGAAAGUUUCACCAAACCUCGACAAAAUAGGAAUCACACUAGUGCAACUGAUCGAUAUAUCUGAGACACUAAUAUUCUAUCCCAGUAGUUGUUUCAUCAGUGGCUCUUCUCGAAUCACUAUAGGAGAUGCAGAGUGAAAUAUGAAUUCGAGCUUCUGUUGUCACAAAACUUUCAAACUCAUCACUAUUUCUAAUAGUUUGUUUUAAUGAACACAACAAAAUACUAUGUAUUCUAUUUUAGGCAAUUGUUAUAUUGGCUUAUCUCUGUCAACACAAUCUCGUAUUCAAUUAAUAUCUGAUCCUGGUACUCCUUUUAUUUCUAGUGGUUAUUCUCCUAUUAUUAAAAUCUCAUCUAAAGUAUGGGAAGAUUCAAGUUCAACAAUUAUACAAAUGAAUCAAGGUCUUGUAAGACGUUUACAAUGUUUUAAAAUAAGUGAAGAACGUUCAGCUUAUGUAACACAUAUAUUAUAUGUACAUCGACGUCGUCCAUCAUUAAUUAUUCAAGAUAUUGAUAUUAUAAAUCCAAGUGAUCAAACAUUAGAUCUUGAUUUUCAACAAAAAACACAAACAUCAGGAAAGGGUGUGGGUGUGGGUGUGUGGGUCUGGGUGUGGGUGGGGUGUGGGUAUGGGUAUAGCAUAGACCCACACCCAUACCCUCCCACAUCCACCGUAAAUUAGAAAGUCUCGUAUUUUUUUUGAAUCAUAUAUUUAUCUGCUAUGAUUCACCGGUUACAUAUAAGAGCAGUGUCUAUAUAUGGAGGAA